GUUCCCACCACUUGACCGUAUCUCUGCCGGUUUCGAAUAUAUAUAUUUUUUAAUUAUUAUAACUAUAAAAUUGAGUGUCAGUGACAUCAAACAAAAAUGGCUUUGAGACAGACAGCCUUCUUAUUUACAUUGAAUAAAAGAUCGCCAAACUUAAACUAUGUGGCACAAAGACUUGGCUCAUGGUGGUCCCAGGUGGAGAUGGGUCCUCCUGAUGCAAUUUUGGGGGUGACGGAGGCAUACAAAAGGGACACGAACCCCAACAAAAUAAACUUGGGAGUUGGUGCAUAUAGAGACGAUAAUGGAAAACCAUAUGUUCUUCCUUGUGUGAGGAAAGCAGAAUCUCAAAUCGCUGCUAAAAAUUUAGAUAAAGAGUAUUCUCCAAUUUCGGGUAGUGCAGAUUUUUGUAAAUACAGUAUUCAACUGGCACUUGGUGACGAUUCAGAAGUCGUUAAGAGUGGCAGAAAUGCAACAGUCCAGACAAUUUCUGGAACAGGAGCUCUAAGAGUUGGAGCAGCUUUCUUGAAAGGUUUUUAUCCAUUUUCCAAAACUGUAUAUAUUCCUUCACCAUCUUGGGGUAAUCACACCCCGAUAUUCAAGCAUUCUGGCAUGGAUGUUAAAUCAUACAAAUUUUACGACCCGAAAAGUUGUGGCUUCGAUUUCGAGGGUGCUUGUAAUGAUAUCAUGAGUAUACCCGAGAAGUCUAUCAUUCUCCUUCAUGCUUGUGCACACAAUCCAACUGGUGUAGAUCCUACUCCAGAACAAUGGCAGGAAUUAUCUAACCUCAUUAAGAAGAAAAAUCUAUUUCCUUUCUUCGACAUGGCUUAUCAGGGAUUUGCAUCUGGAAAUAUUGAUAAAGAUGCUCAUGCCGUCAGAUUAUUCUUGAAAGAAGGCCAUAAUAUAGCCCUUUGUCAGAGCUAUGCGAAGAAUAUGGGUCUCUAUGGUGAAAGAGUUGGAGCGUUUAGCAUAACUACUGCCGAUAACGAUGAAACAGCUAGAGUUUUAUCUCAAAUAAAAAUUCUCAUCAGACCAAUGUACUCCAAUCCACCAAUCAAUGGUGCUCGAAUCGUUUCAGAAAUCUUAGGAGAUUCAAAGCUCAAAGCUGAUUGGCUGCUGGAAGUCAAGGAAAUGGCAAAUAGAAUUAUAUCCGUUCGAUCGAAGCUCAGGGAAAAUUUGAAAAAAGAAGGUUCAACAAGAAAUUGGCAACAUAUAACGGAUCAAAUUGGAAUGUUUUGCUUCACAGGGCUAAAUGCUGAGCAAGUUGAUAAAUUGGUAAAAGAACACAGUGUCUACCUCACCAAGGAUGGUCGUAUAUCAAUGGCAGGUGUGACUUCUAAAAACGUUGAAUAUUUAGCUCAUGCAAUUCAUCAAGUUACCAAGUAGGAGGUUGAAAUAACUACAAACAGAAAGAGUGUUACAAUUAUAUCUAAAUUGUAUUGUUUUUAAUUUGAUUUUGUUUUAUCUCUCAUUUCCAUGCAUUUUACACUUUUAUUGAUUUUGUUUACACUGUCAAUUACUGCUUCAUUUUAUUGAAUAAAUAAAAUUGCAUUUUUAUUUUUA